AUGUCUGGGCCGCCCGUCCAGUCCGAAAAGGCCUCCGUGAUGGGUUCCGAUGAACAGUAUGCGACGAGCCAGCACCAUGUUGAUCAUACGGGCGCCGCCGCGAUCGUUCCUGAGGAAGAAGUGAGCGACAAAGAGCGCCGUCAAGUCCUUCGCAAGCUCGAUUGGCUGCUUCUUCCGCUUGCAAGCGGCUGCGUCCUCCUCCAGAUGCUUGACAAGACACUCCUUAACUAUGCGAACCUGAUGAAUUUCCAGCACGAUAUUCAUAUCGCCAAGCAGGAUUACGCCUGGCUCGGUAGUAUCUUCUACUUUGGCUAUCUCGCCGGCACGCCGCUGCAUGCAAUGGCCCUGCAAAAGUUCACGCUGAGUCCCUAUAUCUCGAUCAUUGUUGUGAUUUGGGGCGUGGUGCUUGCGUGCCACGCUGCGGCUAUGAACAACAGCGCAUUCUUAGCGGUGCGCUUCUUCCUGGGAUUCUUUGAAGCUGCUAUCAACCCCGGCUUUAUCUUGCUCACUGGCCGAUUCUAUACGCGCAAGGAGCAGGUCAUUCGUGUGGCAAUCUGGUACUCCAUGAAUGGCUGGGCUAUGAUUGUCGGUGGCUCGAUGACCUACGGUAUUCUGAUCCACCCUGCACCGCUGAUGUACCGAUGGCAAGAAAUGUUUGUGGGUGUCGGCGUCGUGACUAUCGCGUUCGGCAUCCUGUGCUUCUUUAUCAUGCCUUCUUCGCCUGAAACGACACGCUACCUCAAUGAGCGCCAGCGUGGCGUUGCCGUAUUGCGUGUUGCGUCCAACAAGUCGGGCAUUCACGAUAGUGAGUUCAAGAGGUAUCAGGCCAUUGAGGCUAUCAAGGAUAUCCGCCUCUACAUCUUUUUCCUGGCUUUUUGCACAGUGAACAUUUCCAACGGCGGUAUCAGCAUUUUUGCCAGCCAGAUUAUCAACAGUUUCUACGGCGAUAAUAAACCCCUAGCGGCCCUGUUGGGUAUGUGUCAAGGUGCUGGCGAGGUUGUUGCCGUGUUCAUUGGUACUGCGAUCUUUAUUAUGAUCAAUCGCCGAGACAUUCCCUGCUUGUUCGGCUACGUGAUCGGCAUUGUGGGCGGUGUGAUGAUGACAGUGCUGAGUGAGGCUCAGAAUGACGCGCGUGUUGCGGGUCUCGCACUGCUGUACUUCUUCCCAGUAUCUUACCCCAUGUUCUACAGCUGGAUGAGCGGCGCGGUAUCGGGCACAACGAAGCGUAUCGUUUUCAAUGCUACCCUGCAAGUGGCAUACUGCGUCGGCAAUAUCAUCGGCCCUCAAGUAUACCAGUCCAAGGCAAUUCCGCAAUAUACGGCGGCCAAGACAGUGGACUUCGUCAUGUUCGCAGUUUCGGCCGGAUUCGUAAUGUGCCUCACUACGGUUCACUGGCUUUGGAACAGAAAGCGUGAUGCCAUGGGUACCAAGCUGGAUGGACAAGAUCAGGAUCAUCAGUUGGACAUGGACCUGUCCGAUCUCACUGACAAGGAGCGGCCGACUUACCGCUACCCCUACUAA